AUGUCUGACCGCAAAGCAGAAUUAGAGAAAAAGAAAGCUAAACUACAAGCCAUCAGAGAACAAAAAGAAAGACUGCGCAAAGAAAAAGAGAAAAAAGAUGGAGAUGAAGCAGUUUCUCGUGGUAUUAGUGUUGAGAAAGAUCAAGGUAAAGAAAUUGAUGAAAUGUUAUCAUCUCUCGGAGUUGCACCAGUUUCAGAUGUAUUAUCAAGUUUGACCACUUCGCCUAAUAAAAGUGAAUUAUUAUAUAGUUCAAUGUCAACUCCUGAUUCUAGUGCAAAAGGAUCACUACCUCAAACUCCAGCAACUGGUCCAAAGCCUACAAAGAAAAUUCGUGAGUUAUCAAUUGUUUCUCUUUCUUCUACAAAUAUUCCACCAAAAGAGGUAGAAUGCUACACUAAAGCUGUUCAGACUACACAUUCAUCAAAUGAAAGAGACGCUCAAGCAUUUGGAUAUUACGACGAAUACAACUUAAAUCCUGGCUUGGAGUGGGAAGACGAAUUUACAGCGGAAGAUGAAGAUAUCAGCCUUACAAAUUUGUCCACUUUCCAAAGCAAGCUGCCACCAGGUAUUCUAUCUCAAGGACUUCCACAAGUGAAGGAAGUUGCACCAGCUGUCACUUCACUGGAAAGAGAAUUAAUUGUUAAAGAAGAACCUAAAAAAGUUAGAGAAUUAAGUGAUGCAGAAAAAAUGAUGAUUGUUCAUUCAGAAGAUUUUCAACAAUUUAUGGACCGAGCAGGACGUGUGAUGGAACGGGCUUUAUCUGAAAAUGUAGAUAUUUAUACAGAUUAUACUGGUGCAUUAGAUGACAAUGAUGUUAAUGAAGACAAGAGUAGUACCAGAUUAUCAUUGACACGUGUGUUUUACGAUGAACAUUGGUCUAAAAAUCGUUUAGUUACAUCUUUAGAUUGGUCUCAACAAUUUCCUGAACUCACUGUAGCAUCGUAUAAUAUUUCUGAUGCACCACAUGAACCUGAUGGUGUAGUUCUUGUAUGGAAUACUAAGUUUAAAAAGAAUUCUCCUGAAUAUGUAUUUCAUUGUCAGUCAAGAGUACUUUCAGCCACAUUUGCCAGGUUUCAUCCAAAUUUAAUUUUGGGAAGCACUUAUUCUGGACAAAUAGUUUUGUGGGAUAAUCGAGCUCAGAAGAAAACUCCUAUUCAGAGAACACCAUUAUCAAAUACUGCUCAUACUCACCCUGUGUACUGCAUCCAAGUUGUGGGUACACAAAAUGCACAUAAUCUCAUCAGUAUUUCAACUGAUGGGCGAUUGUGUUGCUGGAGUUUAGACAUGUUAACUCAACCGGUUGAACGCCUUGAUUUAACUGCAAAGCAAUCUAAAUCUGUGUCCGUAUCUACUUUUGCCUUUUUGCAUGAUGAUGUUAACAAAUUUGUGUUUGGUAGUCAAGAAGGAGCUGCAUAUUCUGCUUGUAGACAUACAAAAAAAGCCGGUGUAGUUGAGAGUUAUGAAAGUCAUAUAGCACCGAUUACAGCCAUUGAUACCCACUGUGCUGUCGGAAACACUGAUUUUAGCCACUUAUUCUUGACAAGUUCAAUAGAUUGGACAAUUAAAUUAUGGAAUAUUAAGGAAUCCAAACCAAUUCACUCAUUUGAAAACAACAACGAUUAUGUAAGCAGCGUCGCUUGGUCUCCUGUACACCCAGCUGUGUUUGCUGCAAUUGAUGUUACUGGCCGUUUAGAUUUAUGGAACCUUAAUAACAAUACAGAAUCACCUACAGCAAGUACAGUUCUUGACAACUCUCCAUUAUUAAAGAGUCUUAUGUGGUCUCAGAAUGGAACUCAUUUAAGUGUUGGGGAUGAAUAUGGAAAAAUAUCCGUAUUUCAAGUUGGAGAGCAAAUGACUCAACCAAGACAUGAUGAUUGGUCCAAACUUUCUAACACACUUCAAGAAUUAAAGAGUAACCAGACAGAUGAAAUGGACAAAUCUAUUAACUACAGUUCUGGCUCAGUUUCUUCGGUUUUUUCUAGAUCUUCUAGUAUUUUGAUGAAGUAA